AUGGCAGCUACCUUUCGUCUACAGGAAAACACGGUUCCCUCGUCGAGUCCGGCCUUCGGAACUCCGGUUCAUCCCAUCAACCCUCGCGAAAAACGAAUUCCUCCGCCAGCAUUCAAGCCUUCAAUACCGACAAUCCUACCCAUUCUCCUCCCACCAGCCAGUCUGAGACCUUUGGCCUUCCGAACCUUUACGAAAAAACACAAUCUCACUCUCAGUUCUCCGGCACUACAAUCACUAGCCACUUUUGUCGGCAAACACUGCGGUUCAGGAUGGCGUGAAAGGGGCACAGCAGAGGGCGUGCUCGAGGAAGUCGCAAAAGCUUGGAAGAAGAGUGGAGGCAGCUUGAUUGUCAACGAUGGCUCAUUACUCAAGAACAUCCUCAAGACGCUAGAAAGUCUUAUGAGUGGUGGCAAGAUUGCUUCGACAAAAACAAAUCUGAGCCGACAAAGCAGUUUCGCUUUCGCUGGCGAGAGUCAGGAGCUUGCGAGAAGACCAAGUUUGGCCGAGACGUCUUUCCAGUCACAGGACCUCGAAGAAGACGAGGGUGCAGAUAUCAACCAUCCUCGAGCAUGGAUCAAGGUCGUCAGUGCCUUUGACCAGCCCAGGUUGAGCUACAACGUCCACAAGAAACAUUUCGAAAAGAUCACGACAAAGUCUACUCUCCUGCCUUCACCGGCUCAUAGAACACAACUUUUCCGCGACCGAUACAAUCUCAUUCACCAGCGUCUCAUGCGAAACGAGGCUUUCCAGGCACCUUCAGUGGCUAACACUCGCUCCCUCAAACGCUCGGAUUCAACCUCUAUCCAGCAAUAUUACAAGCUCACUCCCAUCGCAAACCUCUUGGGUAGAAAUGGCAGCAACCACGUCCUGCUCGGCAUGCUGGUCAUCACUCCUACUGGUACUCUGGCCUUGAACGACUUGACCGGAAGUAUCACUCUGGAUCUGCAGCACGCAAAGCCGCUGCAAGGUGUCGACUCUUCCUGGUUCUGUCCAGGUAUGGUCGUACUGAUCGAAGGUGUCUACGAGGAAGAGUAUUCAGGAGCAGGUGCCAGUGGUCUGGGUGCUGCAACUGGUGUUGGCGGCACUAUUGGAGGAAAGUUCAUUGGCUUCAGCAUCGGUGCUCCACCGUCAGAGAAACGCAAUGCAACACUGGGUGUCGCCGACUCUACCAAGCAACAAGAUGUUGGCGUUGGCGGUGGCUUUGGCUGGACCGACUUCCUUGGCUUGGGCAGUGAGAAGGUCAUGGGAACCAAGAUGCGCAAAUUGGAAAAGCGCCUUCUAGCACCGAAUGAAGAAGAAGCCGCACAACAACGCAAAAUGGUCAUCCUAGGCGAAGUCAAUCUCGACGAUCCAUCAUCACUCGAAGCCUUGCGUGCAGUCCUGCGUGUCUACGCUUCAGAAGACGAACUCACACCUCUGAGUUUCAUGCUCAUAGGCAACUUCGUCAGCCAUCCAGUCAUGGCAGGAGGAGGCAGCGGCGGCAGCAUCGAGUACAAAGAAUACUUCAACGACCUCGCAACCGUACUAGCAGACUUUCCCACCCUCCUACGCACUUCAACCUGGGUCUUCGUACCAGGCGAUAAUGACCCCUGGGCUUCUGCCUUCAGCGCCGGCGCCAGCAACCCAGUUCCUCGCCCAUCCAUCCCAGGUCUCUUCACCAGCCGCGUCAAACGCGCCUUCGCCGCCGCCAAAGCAGAAGUGCCUUUACCAAAAACAGACGACAAUGUCCCUGUAGAACCAAUCUGGACGUCCAAUCCAACACGCAUUUCCAUCUUCGGCCCCGCCCACGAAAUCACCGUUUUCCGCGACGACAUAUCCAGCCGUCUACGUCGAAACGCCUUGACUUUUGGCAAAGCAUCCACCCCCGAAGAUGAAGACGAUGAAGAAAUGCCAGACACCACUUCCGCCGAAAUCCCCACACCUACGCAAAUAGCGAGACAACUGGUCCUCUCCUUACUGCCUCAAAGUAAUCUUUCUCCUUUUCCAUUGUCUACUAGACCGGUGCUUUGGGAUCAAGGAUCGGCGAUGAGUUUGUAUCCGUUACCGCAUACUUUGGUGUUGGCUGAUGCUGAGGCGCCGGCAUUCGCGGUGACGUUUGAGGGGUGUCAUGUGCUUAAUCCGGGCAAGCUUUGUAGGGAUGAGGGAAGAGGGAGAAGGGUGGAGUGGGUGGAAUAUGAUUGUUGGGGCAAGAGGGGUGAGGUUAGGCAGAUUUGGGAUUCGUGAAGGGGGGAUUCAUGGAAUGUCUGAACUUCAAUAAUGCCCGAGGUCACUAUCUCCUCGUCAGCAUUCAUCCAUACGAAAGCAGUAGAGCUCUAGAGAAAUUUCAAAUCCAGAAUCAUUCACAAUUGGAG